AUGGCGGCGGCGGAGCCGGCUGUCGCGGCGCUGCUCCCGGGCGGCGCGCCGGGCUCGGUGGCGCCGUCGGGCGCGGUGCCCGUGCUCUUCUGCUUCUCGGUGUUCGCGCGGCCCUCGUCGGUGCCGCCCGGCGCGGGCUACGAGCUGCUCAUCCAGAAGUUCGUCGGCCUGUACGGCGACCAGAUCGACUUGCAGCGCAAAUUCGUGAUGCAGCUCUUCGCCGACGAGUGGGGCCAGUUCGUGGACCUGCCCAAGGGCUUCGCGGUGAGCGAGCGCUGCAAGGUGCGCCUCGUGCCGCUGCAGAGCCAGCUCACUACCCUGGGAAAUCUUACACCUUCUAGCACUGUGUUUUUUUGCUGUGAUAUGCAAGAAAGGUUUCGACCAGCUAUCAAGUAUUUUGGUGAUAUUAUUAGUGUGGGACAAAGAUUGUUACAAGGGGCUCGGAUUUUAGGAAUUCCAGUAAUUGUCACAGAACAGUACCCCAAAGGUCUUGGAAGCACUGUUCAAGAAAUUGAUUUAACAGGCGUAAAAUUAGUUCUUCCCAAGACCAAGUUUUCCAUGGUGUUGCCAGAAGUAGAAGCGGCAUUAGCAGAAAUUCCUGGAGUUCGGAGUGUUGUGCUAUUUGGAGUAGAAACUCAUGUGUGCAUCCAACAAACUGCUCUUGAGCUUGUUGGCCGAGGUAUUGAGGUUCACAUUGUUGCCGAUGCCACCUCUUCAAGAAGCAUGAUGGAUCGAAUGUUUGCUCUUGAGCGUCUUGCUCGAACUGGGAUCAUCGUAACAACGAGCGAGGCUGUCCUGCUGCAGCUGGUGUCUGACAAAGAUCAUCCAAAGUUCAAGGAAAUCCAGAACCUCAUUAAGGCGAGCGCUCCAGAGUCGGGUCUGCUGUCCAAAGUAUAGAACUGAGAGCUGAGUCCAUUGCUCCUCCUGCUGUGGCUAGGACUGGGAGCCCAGUUAAGUUCUCAUCUGGACCAGAAUUAAAAAGUUAAGUCAAAAA